UUGUACAACGACCUCACCUGCCGGGAAAACCUCGCCUUCUACGGACAGUUGUACGGCAUCGCCAAUAUCAACCUUCGCAUCCAGCAGGUAUUGGAGCAGGUCGGCCUCUCCGACCGCCGCAACCGCAGAGUGCGGACCCUUUCUCACGGAAUGCAAAAACGCCUCUCGGUGGCGCGUGCCAUCCUCCACGAACCAACCGUCCUGCUGAUGGACGAACCCGAGUCCGGCCUGGACCAGGCGUCCACGGAAACGCUGGGACGAUUGCUCCGGGACUGGGCCGCCGCGGGCAAGUCGGUCCUGAUGACUACCCACAGCGACCAGACCGGACUCGCCUGGGCCGACCGGGUGCUGGCGUUAUCCGGUGGCCGUCUGGCCUACGACGCCGCCGCCGCUCAGACCACCGCCGCCGACCUCAAGGACGCCCUGCGAGCCCAGCGGCACGCUGCCUGA